AUGGGCAAAGAUAGGAGAAAAAGCUCAACAGCGAAGGAUAAACGCAACUCAAGACUAUCCGUUCUCGAUAGAAUAAAUGAGUUGGACGAGAUUGAGAACUCCUUACGUGAUGCCUCGGACAUUGACGUUCGCAGAAGAGAAAGUAUUGCAGAUUUUCAAAUCGACAAUAUUGAAAAUCUGAAAAAAGAAACUCGUGGGUACUGGAUCAUUGGAAAACAAAUUGAAAUCAACAAGGAGAUUGAACAAAAAUUCAGAACUGUGGACAAGGAAAGUGUUGUGCUCAAUGAAAAGUUGCUCAAAUUCAUGGAUCAGCUACAGGAGAAAGUAAAGACAACCAACAUGCUGAAAACACAUCUGCUCGAAGCCCAGUACCAAAACUUGGAGUUGCUAGAAAACAAGAUGCGGCAGAAAAUGGAAAAUACGAGAGAGUACUCAGAAGACCAAGUCGAAGAUUUACGAAGCGCGAUCGCCGCAGAUGCUCAAGUAGAAGAAGCAAUAACAGGCAUGGGUUCAUUUUUGAAGCGAAAUUUGUAA